AUGUCGAUUACAGCUUGGGACAUCAAGGAGGCAGCUUUCACCUCAGACUUAAAGGACGUUGAGGAGCUCAUAUUCACCAACAAAGGCGCCAUCGAUGUGGGCGCGCUGUCCCAGGCCGUCAACUUGCGGUCCUUGUCACUGGCCUUCAACUCGCUGGCGUCGCUGUCCGGUCUGGCCGCCCUUGUCCGGCUGCAGUCGCUCAACGUCAGCCACAACCAGCUGGCCAGCCUCAAGGGUCUGCAGGCGCUAUCGUGCCUCGUCACUCUAAAUGCCAGCCACAAUAAGAUUGUUUCCCUGGGCCCCCUGUCCGGCCUUAGCAGCCUGGCGGACCUAUGGCUUCAGAACAACUGUGUGGCGGCCCCCGGGGAGCUCCGAGUGCUGGCGGGGCUGCCGGGGCUGCAGAGACUGGCCAUUGCAAACAACCCGCUGGCCAAGGCUCUCCCAGCGGAGCCGGUGCGGCUGGUGGCCCUCCGGCUGUGUCCGGGGCUGAGGGUCAUUGACGGGCGGCCAGUGGAGCAAGCGGAGAGGGAGGCCAGUGAGGCUCUGGAUCUGGACUCGCUGCUGUCCUCUCGACCCGCAGCCCCAGCCAGUGCACCCGCUGGGCCACCCAGCCUGGGGCCCAUCAGGUCGCUGGGGAGCAGGCCAGGGUCCGGUGGAGGCGACAGCAGCAGUCGGACUCCCUCGUACAGUGGAGACGGUGGGAGGUUCUCAUCAGGUGCUGGCGCUCGUCCGGGUCCGGGCCGACCCAAGGGUCGCCCGUCCAGCGGCGCGCUUGGACUGCCGGACUCGCGGCUCCCGGCGGCGGCCUUGCGGCGCAAGGCGAGAUCCAACUCAUUCGACUCACUCGGCCCCGGCUCCACGCAACAGCCGGACGCUGACAACAGCAAUGGCGACCUGGGGCUGGGGGUGGCCGACGAUGCGGAUGCGGCGUUGGCGGCGGCGACUGCGGCUCUGGAGGCGAGCGCGUCCAAUUCCGCUUCCUUCGCGUCGUCAGCGUCCUUCAGGUCUGCAGGGAGCUCCAAGCUGCCGCGCAGCGGUGGCGGUCGGCGGCCGCCACUACCCGCCGCAGCCGCCGGCAGCACACGGCCGGCAGCGCAGCUGCAGGGCACUCAGUUCCAGGCGGUGCUGGACGCCCUACCGUGCUUCGACUCCUCCAAACUCCCUACACGGUAUAAUGGGGCCAUUGCCAAGCCGCGAAGUGCGUCGACGGCUGCGGUCGCCAAGCCGCCGCCCGACGCACAUUUUAUCGACUACGAGGCCAAGUAUCCUGCACAACGCGGCGGGGGCAAGGCAAUCGUUAUACGGCGGGACGGCUCAGCGGCGGUGUUCUGGCCGGGCGGUGAUAUGGCCGUUACCGUCGACGCUGAGUACGGCAGCGCAUAUGCUACAGCGCCGGCGUCGUCAGAGGGCAGCAGCGACGAUGGCGGUGGCGAGGUCGCCGACGGUGGCGGCCGGGCGUCGGUGGAGCCGGUCUCGUAUAAGAUGAUGGUGAUGUACCGGGCCGGCGGUGUGGCGGUGUCGUGGGACGCCCAGGGCGGCUUCGUGCAGUUCCCCAGUGGCGGCCUGAUGCUCAUGUACAGCAGGUCCACUGGAUCAGGCACGUGCUACAGCCCCUCUGGCGAGAUCACUCGCCGCUGGCGCGACCUAGACGCCCCUGCCGCGCCAUCACCGCCAUCGGCUGUAGCUAUAUCGCUGCCGUUUCCGCUAGCGUCCUCCUCUCCUCGUGCUCCGCCGCCGCCGCCACCUCCCCAUGUGGACAUGCAGCUCGAUCCACACCUAGGGAUACGCUUCAUUAGCGCUACCCAUUCGUUGGAGCUCUACCUUUCCUGCGAGAUGAUCCGCUACCGCUUCCGUUGCGGCCGCAAUUUGCCAGGGGACGUCUGGGACCCGCCGCCAGGCCGCGGAGAUGGCACGGGCAGCACCGCUACAUCGCGCGUGCAGACGCCGCAGUACGACAGCCAGACAUCAACGCCGCCCGCGACGUCGACGCGGGUCGCACCCGUUGUCGGCGAGGCGUGUGCCAGCGGUAGUGUUGGUGAUAAGGAGGGUGGCGGUGUUGGGGGGUUGCCACUGCCAGCGUUCCUCCGAAACCUCGCACGGCAGGGCGGCGCGGGUACACAUCGACCGGCGGGCGGGGCGGCGGCGGCGGUCAGGCAGACGUCGUUGCUGGCCGCAGGUGGAGGCGGCGCUGGUGGUGAUGAUGUGGGGCCAUCAGCUGGAGAGGGGCUCGCGGGCAUCGCCAGCAUUACGGCAGGGUUGCAGGCGCUUGAUGAAGGGCUGCAGGCUCUGGUGGUUCAUUCCAUCAUUGUGAGCAAAGUAACGGAACGGGAUCCGCAUCCUCAACACAUGCACUCGAUACGGGACUGUGACUCAGAUGAGUAG